CGAAGACGGCGGCGGGGCGGGGCGAUGUGAUGCGUGGGCGGAAGCGCGGCGCCCACGUGGUUCCUGCCGGGAGCCGCCACGGGGUCCCGGGCCGAGCUGAACCGGGAGAACCGAGCCCACCCCCACCGAUCCCAGCCCCUCCCGGGCCGAGUCCCUCUGGGCCGGGCCCCACCGGGCCGGGCCGACCCCCCCCGGGCCGGGCCCGGCCGCCAUGGACCCGCUGCGGGCCCAGCAGCUGGCCGCCGAGCUGGAGGUUGACAUGAUGGCCGACAUGUACAACCGGAUGACGCAGGCGUGCCACCGAAAGUGCGUCCCCCCCCACUACAAGGAAGCGGAGCUGUCAAAGGGGGAGAGCGUGUGCCUGGACCGCUGCGUGGCCAAGUACCUGGAGGUCCACGAGAGGAUGGGCAAGAAGCUGACGGAGCUGUCGCUGCAGGACGAGGAGCUCCUCAAGCGCAUGCAGCAGGGCACCAGCACCACCUGAGACCCCCCCCCGGACCCCCCAAUAAACUGGAGGCUUUGUG